AUGUGCAAGCACAUUCUCAAUGCCCAGGUCGCUAUCCGCGCCCCAUGCUGCCAGAAGUGGUAUGACCUCUCAUUCACCCUUUAUACCUUUUACCCGUUUUUGCUGACGCCGCCGCCUUCCCGCUUCCGCUUCCAGUGCCCCGAAUGCCACGCCGAGAUGCAGGACCACGAGCUGCGCAAGACGAUGGAGAUGGUCUUCAUGUGCAAAAAGUGCAAAAAGGCGUUCCGCAAGGACAUGACCGAGUACGAAGAGGCCGACGAGUACUGCCCGCACUGCGACAACCAGUACGUCGUCGAGGCCAAGGAGCCCAAGGCCAUGCUCGGUGUGGAGGGCGAGGACGCGCGCGUCGAUGCGCGCAUGAUCAAGGACGACCGCGAAAAGGAGCGCGAGGGACGUAGCCUGUUUGGACGCGACCAGACCCACCAGCUCGACAUGCCCACCCAGCAGCCUGGCCGGCCCAUGUAA